AUGAAGAAUAAGUAGCAGUAGAGGCAAGAGUAUUUGGUUUAGGUGUAAGUAAUAGAAGUGAGAGAUCUUAAGGGCGGAGAUAAGACUGGGGCUUGUGAUCCUUUUGUCAAGAUAUCUGUGGGUAAUUUGCCUCCAUAAGUAACCACGACUAGAAAGGCUGCAAAUACUGCUGUGUUUAACUAAUCAUUUACAUUCACGGGGUUGUUAAUGAACUCGAUAGAAUUCGAGAGUUUUGAGAUUAAAAUAGAAGUGUACGAUUUAAAACAAUUUGGAUAAAAUCAACUUGUUGGUAUUUACUCAGUCGGAAUUUCAACGCUCUACAGGAAUCCUGCUCACGAGAUCUUUAAUACUUGGUUACCUUUGGUUCAUCCUAAACAAGGAUUAGAGCCGUAAGGGUUUUUAUUGUCAUCCGCGUAUGUUAUAUCCCCAACUGAUCGUCCGCCUGUCCACGAUAUGAACGAGAAUAAUGUGGAGGAAGAACCUGAUGAAUUUGGAGGUGUUCCAGAUGACCAAUUGAAUCCAGAAUAAUUGUAAGCGAGAAUAGAGAGAAAGAAUAGAAUUGCUGUCGUUUCUAAACCUGAAAUUCGGGGAAAAUCCUAUCAAUUGAUGGUUAACAUUGCAAAAGCAGAAGACUUAGCAUUGAUGGGUUAUCCCACCCUCGAUAGUUUUAUAUCUGUAAGAGCAGGAGGUACAGCCCAAAUAACAUCCGUAAUGAAGAACCAAUAGAAACCCUAAUACUUGUCUCGAUUGAUGUUCCCUUUGCAUUUUCCAUUUUUCAACGAUAAAAUAGUGGUAAGAGUUUGGGAUAGAAGAACUAUGGCAACAGAUACUUUUAUUGCGAUGAUCCCAGAAGUCCCAACAGAAAACGAUUAUUUUAAUAUCAAUUUUUUGUAGAGUAAAGGUGGAGUAAUGCCAUUCAGAUGGUUCAAUCUCUAUGGAAUACCAUAAGAUGAAAGACCAGGUGGGUUUCAAUAGGCAUUUCUUGGUUACAAAAAGAGUAUCAUCGGAACAGACUUCAUGGGCAGAGUCUUGAUGUCGAUAAAUCUUACUCAAAGUGAAAAACCUGAAUUAAUGGUUGUUCCACUAACAACUCAGAGAGAACCACUAAUUGAAAAAUAUUUAUUGAGAUUCGACACAUAUGAGAUCUAGGAAGCUAAAGAUUGUGGAGAAAAGAUUACAGUGAAAUUCAAAGUUGGUGGAAUAGUCUUUAAAUCAAACGAAGCCUAUAUUAAGACAGAGAAGAAAAGCAAAUAUAAACAGAAGGCUUAGACUGAAAACAAAGAGAUUUAAGGGAUUAGUUAUACAUGGGGCAAAUAGAUUUAAACCAAAGAUGAGAAAUUGGAUUUACCACAGGAUACUUAAUAAAUUCCUGAUUUGAUUGUAUCCUUACAUAAUGAGAAGGGCAAGAGAGUGGCCUAUUUAAGAAUUCCGUAUUCAGACAAAGACUUAGAAACUAAUAGACCCAAAUGGUACACAUUCAAGAGUGUCAAAUAAACAGAUAACAAUGAUAUUCCUCAUAGCUUUUUUUUAGUUAACAUAAUAUUUCGAACUGAAAGCGCUGUGUUUAAGAUACCUAAAAUUAUAGUCAAGAGAGAUCAAUAGGUAUAUUAUCACUUGUAUGCCUAAUUUUACGCAGGGUAUGAUUUGUGUCCUGAUCUAUAUUCAGAGGAAGUCCAGGCAAGUUUUGUGAUGAAAAUAGGGGGUCAAUAUUUAGAGUUAGACAAGCCACAAUCAGGCAAGAAUCCAAUUUGGAAUAAGGCAUUCGAGAAAAUUGUGAAAAUAGAUUAAAAUCUUGAAUUUGCAAGCAACAUCAUUAUAACUUUUACAAAUCAAAAGAAAUCCAAUUCAUGGUUCAGUAAUAAUCACAUUGGAGAUAUAUGCAUACCUGCUCUUGUUUGUAAGUAUGAAGGUGAUCCCAUCUUUGGAUUCCAUCAUAUAAUCAAUUAAGGUUAAUCAGCUGGCAGAAUUUUGGCAGCAUUUAAAUUAAGAGAAUUGGGUAAGAAUAAAGAAGCUUUUUCAGAAGACCCAACUCCCAUAAUUCCCUAAGAAGGAUUCACUUAAAAAUGGGCUCAAUUCCCAGUGUUUGGAGUGAGAAAUCUAAAAUAGAAAAUGAAAGAUCCAAAAUUAAUGGUUUAAGUGCCAGUUCCAUUUAAUAUGGUUGAUUCAAGUGUUGAAAAUCCAAGUUAUUACAAUAGUGAGCCUUGUGAAAUUAUUUAGGCUUAAAAAGAUUUAUUAGAAAAUGAUAAGAGUUGGUUUGGAGGAGGAAUUCAAGAUCCAGUCUUCUUAAAAUUGGUUAAUUUAAAGGUUUUUUUACCAGAGGACAUCAAAUUCUAUCCUUAAUUGGAAAUUCAAUUAUCUGAUACAUUCAAUAAAAGUGAAAGAUACAUUUGUUCAAUUCCAUUGAUUGAUGUAGCUUAAACAAAGGAUUAAAUUUUAAUUGAUGAAGCAAGGAAUUUUUUUGAAUAAGGGAAAAAUUUUGAUGAUAUUUAGUUAAAUGUAGGCAAAAAUGAGGACCUUUAGGAAGAUAAUGAGAAUGUGAUUGUAAACCAUGAUGCAGAAUCAUAAAAAUAAUAAGAUCAAAAAGACACUGUUAUGCCAAAGGAAACACAACCUAAAGAAACUGUGAAGUAGAGUGUUGCACCUGAAAAGAUGAGUUAAUAAAAGUAGAGUAAUUAAUCAGGCAAAUCCCAAAAGUAUUCAACAAUGUCCAAGUUAAGUGUGAUGGCAGAGAGACCUGAUUUGAAGAUAAAAUCUACAUUAAAGAAUAAGGGAGUUCAGAAUGUCGAAGUUACUGAGAUGACACAUCUUACAUUUGAAUUGGAGGAUAUUAUAGACAAGAAGAAGGAGAAUAAGGAAAAGGAGAAGAAAUUGUUGGGAAUGAUAAAGACUUAUAAGACAAAAUAUAAGAAGUUCGAUCAAUUGAAAUUACUCAUUAAGAGAGAGGUAGAAAAAUUGAAAGGAGUAGAGAUUAAAGAAACAAACUAUUUUAAAGGAACCAAUGAAGUAGAUGAGGAUGAAGGGUAUGAUUAUGGUAGAGAAGUGUUAAAGGGUCCAUAUGAAGAGAAAUUAGCUCCCAAGAUUCCGUUUAGAAGAUUUGCUCUAUAUAGAUUGUCUUCAACUAAAUAUGGAUUAAUUGGGAAUCCAACUGAUGCGGUUAUUAAAGGAGAUAUUAGAAUAUCAGAUUAUGGGGGAACUGUGAUUGAUAACCAGAAAUAAUCUAAAAAAUCAAAGGUGUCGAAAACUUCAAAAAAGAAAUCCUCAGUAAAGGAUGUACCAGAUAAGCCAGAUGAUUAUUCCUUUAAUCUAUUUGAUGAGGGCUUUCUAUAAUUCUUCAAUCAGCCUUACAGGUUAAAAGUGAGAUUAUACAUUUUGAGAUGUCUCAAUUUAGCAGCAUAAAAGUAAGAUAUAGACGCUUAUCAUAAAAUGGCUGGACUUUAAGCUGUUUGCUCAGCAGAUUCCUAUCCAGAAAUCUUCAUAGGGGAAAGCGGACAUGAUAAUCAAGAUUUGAUCAAACACAUCACUGAUCAGGAUAGACCAAUUGAAAAUACAUUAAGUCCUAAUUUUUUCAGGAUGUAUGAGUUGGAUGCAGAAUUACCCACUGAUUGGAAAAUGAAAUUACAUAUUAAAAGUAAAGGGAUGUUCGAUUCUGUUAUUGGUAGCAUUCAAAUUGACAUUGAAGAUAGAGUUGUUGGUGAAGAAAAGUUAAAGUAGAGAAUAGCUUACACUGUCUUUAAAGAAAGGUUUGAAACUGAAAAAGAAGCCUUAAAAUAUGAUGAUAGUCAAAAUGCUGAAAGACGUAAAGGAUAUCUUUCAGGACAAAUUACAGAUUUGUAAUAAAGAAUUGAAAACUUUGAUAAGAAGUUCAAGGUUCCUGUUGAGUAUAAGGAUUUAAAAAUAGAUGGAAGACAACAAGCCUCUUAAGGAACUGUUGAGAUGUUUCUGGAAGUCUUGCCUAUUGAUAUAGCAAGAGAGAUUGAACCUGCUCCAUUGUAGGCUCCAUUACCCUAGGAAUACGAGGUAAGACUGAUCAUUUGGGAAACUUUUGAAAUACCAAAGGUAGCAACUAAGAAAGUUGUCGACAUUAUGGUAACCGUAGCUAUGGAUGCCUCUGCUACAGGCAAAGAUGCUGAAGUAGCCAAAGAGACAGAUGUACACAAUGGUAGUGACAAUGGUGAUGGAUCCUUCUCUUAUCGUAUGAGAUUUCCACUGGUUAUUCCAUGCCCAUUCCCAAGGUUAAAGAUGACAGUCUAUGACUUUUCACCCUUUGGUUCUAAUGAAUCCCUUGGAGAAGCUACUAUGUCAUUAAAACCAAUUAUCAAAAGAUUAUCAAGGGAUGGAAAAUAUGAGAUGCCUCCCACCAAAAUAAAGCUGUCUCAUCCAAAUUAUCCUGGGUAAAACAGAGGUUAAGUACUCAUUCAAAUGAAGAUACUUACGAAACAAUAAGCUGAUGGAUAACCUGUUGGAGAUGGAUAGGAUGAGCCAAAUGAAGAUCCUUAUUUAGUUAAACCAACUGAGGGAAGAGGGUUGGCUGACUUUUUCAAGGGAGCAGGUUUUGGUAUGGGCAAUUUUAUGCUUUAUGUCAAAAUCUUCGCUGGACUUUUUAUCACUGUAGUGGUUGUGAUGAUUUUAUUCAUUAAGCCAGGCAUUUUGGUUAAUUGA